GGUCACUUCCAAACGCAUAGUCGCAUACCGUCCGGCAACCGGUGAAGAAAGGAUCUGCUCCAAAGUCGUCUGCAUUGAGAAUUGGAUCGUUUUCGAAGAAUUAACCGAUCAUAUUAGUGUGCAGAACUGCAGUGUGGUGUUUUUUUAAGUGAUUGAAGAAUUUUCACGCAAAGUUCUCGCCACGACGAGAAAGUGCCCGUUGAAGAACUGUUUGAUCAGAACAUACCUUUUUGGGACUGUUGUGUAUAUUUUGCGAAGAUUUGUGAUUUUAAGAACAAUACAGGACAAUUCUAGCGAAGAUUUUAGAGUUAUAAACGAAAUACAUUGAGUGGAUACAGUCCUUACAGAAGAUUUGAGCAGAUUUAGCAACAUAUAUUAAAUAAAAAUAAUCAGAAGAAUGAAGCAGUUUGUUGCAGUGCUGGCCUUGGUCACCCUGGCCCAGACGCUGUCCAUCGACGAUCGCACCCUGGACAUCAACAUCAACGUGGAGAAGAACUCUAACCACUAUCACCAUGGGAAGUUGAGGGAGGGCUCGUUCGAGUACGGACUGGACGUGGUCAAGGACAAGGUCGAUAAUCACUUCCAGCACAAGGUUAAGGGCCCGGACGAUGUGACGUACGGAUGUUACGGAUUUGUGGACCCCGACGGUAAGCCCCAUCUGGUGCACUACGUGUCCGACCUGAAGGGGUACCGCGUGUUGCCGCCAGAUCACGCCACCAAGAUCUACAUCGCCCGACUGGAGAAGAGCAUCACCAACGUGUACCAGGCCUCCAUCGAAAAGGACGUCCAGUGGAAGGAUCUGUUCUUCCCGCCGGCGUGCCGCACUCUGCGAGCGGAACUGGAAAAGGUAGCCCCAGCGACCACGGCUCGUCCCUUCACAACACCGCGCACAACUCCCCGUCCCCGACCCACGACCACCACGCAGGCCCCACUCCCGCUGGAACCGGAAUUCUCCGACUCGAGCAACGUGCAGGAAACGUUCGUGCCGCACCACCAACCGGACUGUGCCCACGUUUGCGACGAUCUGAAGGCGGAACUGGAGCAGCUCAAGGCCAAGCUGAACAACCUGAUCAACGACCUGGCCGCCAAGGAGGCACGCGAGAAGAAGAGCAAGCCCGCUAACGGAAAGUAUGCGUACAUGCCGGUGCUGAUCAGCGACAGCCUGCCGGAAGGCGUCGAGUCCAGCGGCAAGUUUGCCCUGCCAGCGUUCUCCCCGGGGCAGUGCGGUAGGCAGUGAACCGUUGGUUCUUUGAUUGUGUGAAGUGCAAUGUACAGAGAGUGUAAAUAGUUUUAAGGGACUUUAGUGUUAAGUACAAGAAUGCUUGUGAUGGAUGUUCUAGUGAGGGAUUUAGGUUAAGGGAGUGAUUAUGAAGUGAUA